AUGGACCCGCUAUCUGUCAUUGUCCUGACGACGCAAUUGCUAGCAAUUUUAGCCAAGUCUGCGGACAUUUUUAAAAGUCUCCAAGGAGUCGCGCAUGCGACUUCGGACCCAAGGUUCAAAGCUGUUGAGGCCAGACUUUUCACAGAGCGCACUAGGUUGUCACUCUGGAUGAAUUAUGUCGAACACCAGCCGGGAGGCACGGAGGCGGUGUUGGAGAACCUCAGCGAUUCUCACCGACGUGCCAUAGUUCGCUUCGUUACGGACGCUCAUGAGCUCCUGCAAAAUGCAGUGGAGCGAUUCGAGAGGUCUAACCCCACGGGCAAGAGGUUAUCCGCAAGGUUCCGAGCGGCCCUGAUCUGGGGUCUGCGUGGGCAAGAGGAUCUAAACGAAUUGAUCGACGCCGUGAACAGCAUCAACACGGCCCUGGAGAAGGUUAUCAUGCCUCCUCCAGCGUAUCAUGAGUCAUCAUUUAUCCCAAGAGAAGAAUCUGCAAGGCAGCCCUCCAUAACCCGGUCAGCGUCACAGACGAUUUCGUCAUUAGAGCCUGACGAAUACGUCGACAAUAUCGCAUCAGCACCUCAGCCUCCACCCCAAUCUAUCUUAACUGAGCUUGUCAAGGAUUCUUCGAGGAGAGAUCUGAAACAAGGUCUGCUGGAAACGAUUGCCUGUCUCGCCAUGGACGGCGCAGUCGACAUUGCUAUUCACCGAGACAUGCCUAUUAUCGACUUUUCCAGCCUAGAUGACCUCCUUCAACAGGGGAGCAAGGAGAUCGAGGACGCGGUGGAUGAUCUGUACCAAUUCAUUCCAACAAUCUUGAUGCUUCGCAGAGGUUGUAUGAUUGAUAGCGAGCUUGCCGGAAACGAUGCUGAAGCCGGGGAGGCUACAAAGACUGGGGAGAUCCGGAGCACGCGUGGCAGUAAGCUCAUUGAACCCUACCUAGAAGAGGCCGAGACGUGGGAGCUUCUUAAUACGGCCGUGGAGAUGUCUUCGCCACACUCUGGUGCUGCUACUGUAGAGGCAAGAAGAUCGGAGAGCAUCCAGGACGCGGCCUACAGGCUCGCGAGCAAGGAGGUCGAGAGGCUGCGCGAGUGGGGCGACGUCCACGCGGCAAAGCUUCGUGGAGAAGACAAGGCCACAGCGGAUAAUCUCCUAAAGAGCUUCAUCCAAGACGAGACCGUCCGCAGUAUGACAGGCCCUGUCCGAGGGAAGGAAAAGAGCUAUGAUUGGAGCGAAAAGAAGCAAGAAUACAUGAAAUCUAAGAUUGUGACUUUGAUGAGCGAGUUACCUAGAUCUUACGGUUCUUCUUAA